GUUAUUCAUUCCCUUUCCUCCCGUCUCCCACUCGAGCGAGCCACCGCCGCCAACGUUCCCGCCUUCUAUCCCUUAACCCUAGCCGCCGCCGCCGCCGCCGCCGCUUAAACCCUCGCUGCGGAAACUACAGCAACCCCCGCCGGCGAUGGUGAAGGAGAAUAAGCGGAAGCAGCCUCCUGCCGACGCGGCGCCGCCUCCGGGCGACGAGGGUGAGGGGAGGAGCGGGCGGAAGGGCAAGAAGGCCAGGAAGGAGAAGGCGGAGGCGAUACUGCCGUCGCAGAUCAAGAACAAGGACAAGCGCCGCGAGGUGCACGCCAAGCUUAAGCGAGAGAAGAAGGCCCAGAAGCGCGCGCUCGCCCGCGAGCGCGGCCAGGCCGCCCGCCGCGCCGAAGAGCUCGGCGAGCAGCCGCCGGAGAGGCAGGUGCCCCGCACGAUCGAGAACACCAGGGAGCCCGAUGAGACUGUGUGCCGGCCCGACGACCAGGAGCUGUUUGCAGGAAAUGAUGCGGAUGAAUUCAGUGCAGUUCUAAAGCAGCACAUAACCCCGAAAAUAUUGAUUACGACAUGCCGCUUCAAUUCAGGGAGGGGACCUGCAUUUAUUGAUGAGUUAAUGCAAGUGAUACCGAAUUCUCAGUAUGUGAAAAGAGGAACAUAUGAACUCAAGAAAAUUGUGGAAUAUGCAAAUAACAGGGAUUUCACGUCACUUGUUGUUGUCCACACAAAUCGAAGGGAACCUGAUGCUCUACUUAUCAUCGGGUUACCUGAUGGCCCUACUGCACAUUUCAAACUCUCCAAACUUGUUCUUCGGAAGGACAUCAAGAACCACGGCAAUCCUACGAGCCAUAAACCAGAGCUAGUACUGAACAAUUUCACUACACGCCUUGGUCAUCGUGUUGGAAGGAUGAUCCAGUCUCUCUUCCCUCAAGAUCCCAAUUUCCGCGGGCGCCGUGUUGUGACCUUCCACAACCAGCGAGACUACAUAUUUUUCCGCCAUCACAGGUACAUCUUCGAGACAAAAGAAAAGAAGGUUGCUUCGAAGGAAAAGACAUCUGGAAGCAAAAGCGGAUCUGAGAAGCAGCAAGUGAUUUGUCGGCUUCAGGAAUGUGGGCCUCGCUUCACCCUCAAGCUGCUCACCUUGCAGCAUGGGACCUUCGACACGAGGAGCGGGGAGUACGAGUGGGUUCACAAGCCGGAUAUGGAUACGAGCAGGCGGAGAUUCUUCUUGUGAUGCCCCAACUCCAUCCUGCGGAACUUCUUUUCUUAAAAAAAAACUUUGACCCCUGUUUUGCUGAAGCAGUUUUGUGGAACCAUCAGUGAGCAGCAAGUGAUACGGACUUUUAUUUUUAUUUUUUAUUGUUCUGGUUUCGGCGCCAGUGCGUUGAACACCAAAACCAAAAGUGCCGGAUGCUCCGAUCCUAAGGCCUGAACAGUCUAUGCCUCCGUGAUCAGAUUAACUCAGAUGAUUAUCCUUAUCUUGUAUGUGGUUAUAUAUCU